UCAAGAGUAGAGUCUAAGGCACACUAUAGGCCAGCUUCAGAAUGGCUCAAAGUGCAAAUGCCCUUAAGCAUCAUCUUCUUCUCCUUGUCUUUCUUGCAACACCAUUGAUGUCACUUACCUCUGCAGCCUUCAACAGAAGCAGUUUCCCUGCAGACUUUGUGUUUGGUGCUGGGUCUUCAGCUUACCAAUAUGAAGGAGCUUGGAAUUUGGAUGGCAAAGGUCUUAGCAUUUGGGACACCUUCACUCACACCCAACCAUGGAAAAUAGCGGAUGGAAAAACAGGAGAUGUAGCCCUUGAUUUUUACCAUCGUUACAAGGAUGAUGUGAAGCUUUUGAAGAGCUUGAACAUGGAUGCAUUUAGGUUUUCCAUCUCUUGGACAAGGAUUCUACCAAAUGGGAGUCUAAGUGGUGGAAUUAAUCACAAGGGUGUUGAGUUUUAUAAUAAUCUCAUCAAUGAACUCGUAGCUCAUGGAAUGAAGCCUUACGUUACCAUCUUCCAUUUUGACACCCCACAAGGAUUGGAAAACAAAUAUGGUGGCUUUUUAAGCCCAAAUAUUGUGGAUGAUUAUGUUGAUUUUGCGAAACUUUGCUUUAGAGAGUUUGGGGAUCGAGUGAAGCAUUGGAGCACAUUUAAUGAACCAUAUGUAUGUUCUCGAGCUUAUGGUAUUGGUACAUUUGCUCCCGGCCGAUGCUCGCCAUGGGCUGGAUAUUGUACUACUGGAGAUUCUGGUCGUGAACCAUAUAUUGCGUGUCAUCAUUUAUUACUUGCUCAUGCUGCAGCGGUUAAAAUAUACAAAGAAAAAUAUCAGGUUAAACAGAAGGGUUUAAUUGGUAUUACACUAGUCACCAACUGGUUCAGACCCUACUCUAAUUCAAAGGCAGAUAUUCUUGCCCAACAGAGAUCUCUAGACUUUAUGUUUGGAUGGUUCAUGAAUCCUUUAUCAUAUGGAAAUUAUCCUUCAAGCAUGAGAAUGAUAGUGGGAAACCGUUUACCAAGAUUUACAAAGAAAGAGUCUGAAAUGAUCAAAGGAUCAUUUGAUUUCAUUGGGGUCAAUUACUACACUACUUGGUAUUCUCAAAGUGUUCCUCCCACUAAUACCUUGGUUAACACAAGCUUUUCUACUGAUACACAAACUAAUCAAUCAGUGACCGGUGUUCGUUUAGGAAAACCUAUUGGUCCGACGGCUGGUUCAGAUUGGCUCUUCAUCUACCCACCAGGGAUAAGAAAUCUUUUGUUGUAUAUCAAGGACAAAUACAACAACCCUUUGAUUUAUAUCAUGGAGAAUGGUGUUGAUGAUAACUACCAGAAGAAUUUACCACUCAAAGAUGUUUUGGAGGAUAAUGUUCGGGUUAUCUUUUACUAUGAUCAUCUUCGAUAUGUGCUGAGUGCAAUAAGAAAAGGUGUAAAUGUAAAAGCAUAUUUUGCAUGGUCAUUUUUUGAUGAUUUUGAAUGAGAUGCGGGUUAUACUGUUGGAUUUGGUAUCGGUUAUAUUGAUCAUAAUAAUAAUCUAAA